AUGUCAAAGUUUAGAAAAGACCAAGUACCGUAUCUGGAGUUCUUCCUGAUAAACCUCCUUUGGGGAGCCUCCUCCUUUCUGAGCUCGGAGAUGGUAAGGUUGGCGACACAUCACCUCAAUAAUGAGACCAAGUUUGUCAUGACAUUCUACAUCUUCUUUGCCUCGUCAAUGCUGCUGCUAUUGUUCAUUAAAAUAAGCAUCAUAUUCACGCUCUCCACGCUUAUUUGGUGGAAUUUUGUUCUGCAUGCUAUCAUGCUAAUAUUCCUCUUUUCUCCACCAGCAAAGACCGGGGGCUGUCACUGCUUCUUUGCAUUUUUGGGGUAUGGUUGUGCACUCAAUUUGGUGUGUUCGCUAAAUGUAGCUUCCUAUACCCCUUCCGGACUACGUGGUUUGAUUGUAGGAUCUGCCCUGAUAUAUUUCACAUCGUAUCUCUGUGCUGACUCUCUAAUCUAUCCAAAUGUUGAUGGUACGGUAUCGUCUGCGUCCAAGUCAUUUCUAGUUGCACGACUAGUUCUGGCUCUGCUAUCCAUCAAGUUCUACAAGUCACGAUUAGAGACCUUGUUUAGCUGGGAAUAUGAUAACGUUACGAAUAAUUUGUCAGCAGAGAGCAUAGGAAGCUGGAUUGUUGAUGGAGAAUCCGAGGAUCCCAAGAGUGAUUUAGUUUUAAAGGCAUAUAUGCCAUCAUGCGCUAGUUUUUCUGAAUUUUGUAGUAUAAACUUUGAUAAUGGAUCAGACUUUUGUCUACUCUUUGUCUUUAUAGGAUCUGUCAUUUCAACAUCUUUCUUUUCCCCGACCAAUACGUCGGCAACACUAGUAUGGUCUAGAUACAAUCUGGAAAGGGUUCAUCGCAUAGAAAUUAUCGCAGGACUUAUUGGAGCAUUUGCUGGGUUACCCAAUUUCAAGUGCUGCUCAAGUCCAUACUUUGUAAUGUUAGCAUAUCUUACACAUCUCGUAUUUCGUACAAUUGUUUUUAUCGGAUUGAACACAUAUCUCUUUAAUAUCUACACAUCAAAGCUACUCAUGAGCUGCUCCACGUUCAUGUCAUCAUUUAUCGGAAGCUGGAUGUUUGUCGUUUGCCUAUUGCAGUAUACAACGAAUAAACUGCAGUUAACGUGUAAGAAUUAUGGAACUGAAUUGAAAUGCUGUUGUGAGUAUAACACAAAAAGGUGUCUUUGCGUGUGUAAUAUUAAGGAAGAAUGUUGUGGCGAGAAAGUAGAGUGUUGUAAAGAGAAAGAGUGCAUAGUAUGGACAACAUGGAGCAAUCAUAACUCAUUUUUCAACUGGAACCUUUCAGACUGUCUCUUUUGUACUUCCCAGAAUUGUCCAAAACUCAAGUGUAAAAAAGGAGAAAAUGGUGAAACUGGUGCAACGAAUGAUUGCAAUGGAAACCACUAUUUACUGAGAAACUGCCUAACAACAUGCUGUCCAUAUUGUGACCUUACCAUUCUACUGGAAUGUGUAAAGAUUAAUAGGCCACUCAGAGAUUGCAAAGGAGACUACGUAUGUAGCUGUCACGGGGAUGAAGAAGAGAAAAAGAAGGAAGAAGAAAAAAAAAAAGAGGAAAAGAAAGAGGAGGGGCCAAAACGGGAACUAACGACGGUACCCUUGAAGCUAGGUGAUCUUGACUUAAAGCUAUCAACAUAUGCCCCGCGUGGCGAAUUGAAAAGGUUCUUGUGUUGUUGUCCAGGAAAUGACAAGGACAAAUGUAGCGAGGGAAAUAACCAGAAUGGAACUAGUUCAGAUUCUGGAUCUACCCAUACACCUUCAUGCUCUAAUGGUAAGUCAUCCCAUUCAACCUGCUGUUGUUUGGGACUUACAGACAAAGAAGGUACAAAGAAACGCUGCGGAAAACAUUUUCAAUUUGUAACUUGUCAAGUUUCCUCCUGUUGUCACUAUGAUUUAAAAGUAAAAAUCUCCUAUAAAGAAAUGAAUACACAAUUUCGUAUUGGCCAAAAACCAUUUCCAAACAAAUUUGAUCGCGUUGGCCAUCUUAUGUUUAAUGGACCAUGUUGUACCGACACUGUUCGUUGUACAUGUGCAAAAUAUCAUUGUGGUAUAACAAAGGUUCCGUACAAAUCUUGCAGCUCUGAGCUAACAGGAGCCCUCAGUUGUGAAAAAUGUUGCAAGUGUACUAGCUGUAAAUCAUGCAAGGAAAAAUGCUCACACAUAAAGGUAAUACCAUCUGGACUUCCCUAUCACUACAAAGCCAAGGACAUAAAGAGGUAUGGAGUCAUUACCGCUCUAGUCUCCUCUGUCAUAUUUUUAUUGUUAUUUAAAGUAAUCAUCGCAUCAAUAUUUUCUGCAAUAAACACAAAGGAGGACAUUACUCUAAUAGCUCCCCUCAAACAAAUUAAAACAGUGAAUGGAAUACAGCUAACAACUUUCAAUCAACCGUACAAAACGGAUGUGGAAUAUGCGAGAUCAUUAUUUCCAUCAUUUAAAGGCUCUGAAGACGAUCUCAUCAAUAAAGCUACGGAGGAGGAACAAGAAAACGUUGCAACAAUUGCAAAGUUGACUAAACUUAUUCUAGGAGGUUUAGAAGCGGCCUCAUUCGACAGGUGGAUACGUAAUACUAUGCAAACUCCAGUACCAAUCAAUGGCAAAAACCUCUCAAGCCUGCAAUAUGCAAACCAUGUUUCUGCAUUUCUCUACUUUUCUCUGUCGGAAUACAUCCAAAGAUCUGCACGUAGUAUUCUGGAGUAUUUUGAGCGAUGUUCCGGCAAGUGGGAAAUAGAAUUUCAGGACUUUGAGCGGCGUGUCGUGACUCAACUCAAUAUCAACACGAGAUACUCCACAGACCUACUCAAGCUGGGAAUACAUUAUGUAAACCCAAAAUUGCAAAAGAAACUAAAUACCAAGCAAAAGGAGAUUUGGGAAAAGAUUUACACCGACACGAAGAAGUUAUCCGAGGAUCUUACAACCCUCACAACUCUAGAGAGAAAGGUCAACAGUUCAGCUGAAGAAAAUAUACUCCCAGACAAAAUUGCACUAUGGGAAUUCAGAGCUACUCUCCUCAAGAAGUGGACAAACGACCGCACGAUAUUCCUCAACUGGGUGUCCUUUCUGGAGGUCAUGGAUAACGUAACAACCUGGAGGAAGUACUACAUUGACAUUUACCUCGAAAAGUAUAGACGAAAACCCAAGACCAAGAAAAAGGUUAAGGCUGUCCCUCUAAAUGUCCCAGAGAAAGCUUUAUCAAGAGACGUAUUGUAA